AGCGACCCAAAUCUUCAGUUGACAAGUGACAACCAUACCUGGAAUCCAGACAUCUAGUUUUGGUUCUUCCUGCAGGUUUGUUGAAGAAAAAAAAUAGCUCAAGAAUUCUGAGCGCAGCUCCGGAUCUCCCUUCAGCCGCAAGGGUGUACAAAUUGCAAGAUCUGUUCUGAGUAUGACCUGAAUUGAACUGAGUAAACUGGGUUCUCUAGCUCCAGAUUCCACAUAAAUUCAACAUAAUGCAUUUUCCCCCAUCUAAAUUUGAAAGCUUUUAGCGCAUCCUGAGAGAAUCAGGAUCUGUUUGUAAGAAAGUGUUCCAACAGAAUUCACUUGAUGAUGGAGUCUUGCAAUUGCAUUGACCCACAAUGGCCUGCUGACGAGUUAUUGAUUAAAUAUCAGUAUAUAUCAGAUUUCUUCAUUGCACUUGCUUAUUUCUCCAUUCCGGUUGAGCUGAUCUACUUUGUUAAGAAAUCUGCAGUGUUUCCUUAUAGAUGGGUGCUUCUGCAGUUUGGUGCAUUCAUCAUUCUUUGUGGAGCGACACAUUUUAUUAACUUAUGGACAUUUGGGAUGCAUACAAGAACAGUAGCCAUAGUCAUGACAACUGCCAAACUUUUGACUGCAUUAGUUUCAUGUGCGACUGCACUCAUGCUGGUACACAUCAUUCCUGAUUUAUUAAGUGUAAAAACUAGGGAACUGUUCUUGAAAAACAAAGCUGCUGAACUUGACCGGGAGAUGGGCCUUAUCCGUACACAAGAAGAGACCGGUAGACAUGUUAGAAUGCUUACGCAUGAAAUCCGAAGCACUCUUGAUCGACAUACUAUUCUCAAGACUACACUUGUGGAGUUGGGAAGGACUUUGGGUUUGGAAGAGUGUGCAUUAUGGAUGCCUACACGUACUGGACUUGAGCUGCAACUUUCAUACACUCUUCGCCACCAAAACCCUGUUGGAUUUACAGUACCGAUUCACCUUCCUGUAAUUAGUCAGGUAUUCAGCACAAACCGUGCCGUGAAGAUAUUACCUAAUUCUCCUGUGGCAAGAUUACGACCUGCGGGGAAGUACAUGCCAGGCGAGGUGGUUGCCAUUCGUGUUCCUCUUCUUCAUCUCUCUAAUUUCCAAAUCAAUGACUGGCCUGAACUAUCAACAAAACGCUACGCUUUGAUGGUUUUGAUGCUUCCUUCAGAUAGUGCAAGACAAUGGCACAUCCAUGAGCUAGAGCUUGUUGAAGUUGUGGCUGACCAGGUGGCUGUUGCUCUCUCUCAUGCUGCAAUUUUAGAAGAGUCAAUGAGGGCAAGGGAUCUUCUCGUGGAGCAGAACAUUGCCCUUGACCUGGCAAGAAGAGAAGCUGAGACAGCUGUUCGUGCUCGCAAUGAUUUCUUGGCUGUUAUGAACCAUGAGAUGAGAACACCCAUGCAUGCAAUAAUAGCACUCUCUUCCUUGUUACAAGAAACGAAGAUGAGCCCUGAACAACGUCUGAUGGUAGAAACAAUCCUCAAGAGCAGCAAUCUUUUGGCAACUCUCAUCAAUGAUGUCUUGGACCUUUCAAGACUAGAGGACGGUAGCCUUCAACUUGAGAUAACCACUUUUAACCUUCAUGCCCUUUUCUGGGAGGUCCAGAAUUUGAUCAAGCCGAUUGCGUCUGUGAAAAAAUUGUCUCUCACUCUGAGUUUGUCUCUAGAUUUGCCUGAGUAUGCCAUUGGUGAUGAAAAACGGCUCAUGCAAGUGCUUUUGAAUGUUGUUGGCAAUGCUGUAAAGUUCUCUAAAGAAGGCAGCAUCUUGAUUUCUGCUGUCGUUGCUAAAUCAGAAUUUUUAAGAGAUUCUCAAGCUCCUGACUUCUUCCCAGCGCUAACUGAAAAAAACUUUUAUUUACGUGUACAGGUUAAAGAUACGGGAAUGGGAAUAAACCCUCAGGACCUUCCCAAGAUCUUUAGCAAGUUUGCUGAAAACCAAUCGUUGACUUCUACUAAAAACUCUGGUGGUUCUGGGCUUGGCCUUGCAAUUUGUAAGAGGUUUGUUAAUCUUAUGGAAGGACAAAUAUGGAUUGAAAGUGAAGGUCUUGGAAAGGGAGCUACUGCUAUUUUUGUUGUUAAACUUGGAAUUCCUGGUCUCUCAAAUGAAUUGAAACCCGCCUUUGUUCAGAAACUCCAUGCUAAUCAUGCACAGGCAAUUUUUCCAGGAAUAAAGGUCUUGCUUAUGGAUGAUAAUAGCAUGAGCAGGGCAGUAACCAAAGGACUAUUGGUGCACCUUGGGUUUGAUGUGACAACAGCCUAUAGCACAGAUGAAUGUUUGAGAGUUGUUAACCAGGAAGACAGGGUAGUAAUCAUAGAUGUGGGAAUGGGUGGCAUAGGCGGAUGUGAGUUCCUCUCUAAUCAGAUACAUGAAAAAUUCUUGCGAUGCCAAGAGAGGCCAUUCAUUGUGGGCAUCAUAGGAACCACAGACAGAGCCAUGAAAGAAAGAUGCUUGGCGGCUGGUAUGGAUGGCAUAGUAACCAAACCUGUUUCUGUGGAGAAAAUGAGAAAUGUCUUAACCGAGCUUUUCGAGCACGGGGCUGUGCAGUAAGUAAGACGGGAGAUGGCAAUUGAUGUGAAUUCCUGCAGGAGGAGGAGGUGUGUACAUACGAUUCAGCAAUUCUUGACCAAUUUCUCUCAUUGCAUGCCAUGGCGUCUACUUGGAAGGAAGUACAAACUGCCAAAAGAUGGUCUUGAGAAUAAACCAGGACUCCUUUUUAUUUGUGAAGGACAAUUGAUUUUUCUUCACGUUAUUCAUGGAAGUGUUUUGUAAUCUAUGUGGGAUCUUCCCUUGAGAAACCAAGGCACCAUUACUUUAAAGAUAUAGGUUAUAAUGCAUACAAAAAAACUCAUUGAAAACGCGUAUGUAUCAGAGACUUUUUUGUUGUUGAAAGGAAGACUCUUGUUACUUAGGGAGUAAUUG